GGUUCAUUCCGUGUCUUCUCCGGCCUGACAUGGACAGCCUAAUUUGCCUAAUUUCACUUUGGAGGAAAAACAAAUGAACAAAAAUCUGUGUCUGCUCAACCGUCUCGGCUGCCAGGUUUUAGGACCGGGGAACCUUCUUCUGCCUCCGGCCGGCACUCUGCCCCUUCUGUUCCCUCCCCCUUUCUCCUCUUCCUGUUUCUGCAUCAUCUUGGGUGCCGCGGGCCUUUGGACACCAUUCACUUCAGAUUUCCCCACCAGUGCCUCAGAUAUGACCAGACAGCUUAAGGAACUGAAGUUGACUUUAUGAAACGUGGAGCCAUAAAGCCCCUUGGAAGUGUUGGCCUGAUACCCUGCUUCUAAAGUUUCCAGCAGCCUCCCCAGGUUUUUUUGACCCACUGCAAAUUCUUCUGUGGAUUCCAGAUGCUUCCCAGAGCUGUUUCCGUUUGUGGAUAGCUGUGUCAUUGUGGAUCUUCAUCAGGGGAAUGGAGGCUGGGGUCUCCUCUACCACCAUGUUGGUGAUAUCACUUCUCCGAUCUAGGAUUUACUUCAAUAUCUCUUGUAUUUGCACACAGAGGGUUAUAUAUAAAAUAAAAUAACUCCUGUUUAUUUAUUUUUUAAAGAUUUUAUUUAUUUAUUUGACAGAGAGAGACACAGCGAGAGAGGGAACACAAGCAGGGGGAGCGGGAGAGGGAGAAGCAGGCUUCCCAGGCGCCCCUGUUAUAUCCUUAUUUAAAAGUCAGAAAACUGAUAUUUAACUAAGAGAGUGAAGCCACAAUUUUUUUUUUAAAGAUUUUAUUUAUUCACUUGCGAGAGAGACAGAGAAAGAACAAGCAGGGGGAGAGGCAAGGGAGCGGGAGAAGCAGACUCCCUGCCGAGCAAGGAGCCCGAUGUGGGACUCGAUCCCAGGACCCUGGGAUCACGACCCGAGCCGAAGGCAGACACCCAACCAUCCGAGCCACCCAGGCGCCCGUGAAGCCACGAUUUUGACACGAGUGCCGCGUGGGUGCUGCUGCAUUGGAAGCACAGAGGAACGGUCCCCAGAGCCCAAUUACAUGUCAGGAGCAAGGCGGAAGUUCACCUGCUUUGCUGACACCCGAUGUUUUCAAGGGGGUUAUAGUGAAGUUGGUGAUAAAUCUGUAUACAGAAGAAUUAGGAUGUUAGACAAGGACUUCCAGCUUUGUCCUUCCUCAGAAUGUGAAAAAGAGAUAACAGUAGAGCCAGCACCGUACAUCCCUGCUGCUGGACCUCAAUCCUGUGAGGAAGCAUUUUCCAGGGCCCCAGUCAGAAGUGAAUCAGACCAGGAGUCUUCACAGACACAAGAAUCAGAAGAGAUUUGCUUGGAAGAGAAGACACUAGUGCCCCUCCAGGCUCCUAAACUUUUUUCUGGGGUUGAACCAGCUUGUAAAAGUAAUCAGUUUCUAGGACCUGAAGGAAAUGUGGAUAUUGAGUUGAUUGAUAAGAACGCAAACAGAUACAGCGUCCACUUCCCCACGGCUGGCUUCUAUCUAUGGCCAGCGACACACCUUGGCUUCUCGGUAACAGCAGCGGUGACCGUGAGGAUUGCGUUCGAUUCUUGGGGUCAGCAUCUGGACCUGAAGUUACAGCACGAGGAGCAGUGGAUGGUGGCAGGCCCUUUGUUUGAGGUCUCCGUGGAGCCCGAGGGGGUCAUUACUGAAAUCCACCUCCCCCACAUCAUCUCCCUCCCAGCAAAUGAGGUCGAUAUCUCUUGGUUCCGAGUUGCCCAUUUUAAGGAUGAGGGGAUGGUCCUAGAGCCGCCAGCCCGAGUGAAGCCUUUCUGUGCAGUCCUGGAAAACCCCAGCUUCUCUCUGAUGGGGAUCCUGCUGAGAAUCGCCAGUGGGACCAGUGUUUCCGUCCCCAUCACUUCCACGGUCCUGAUCUAUUAUCACUUCCACCCUGAAGAUUCUAAAUUUCACUUGUACCUUAUCCCCAGCGACUCCUUGCUAAUGAAGGCAAUAGAUGAUGAAGAAGCUAAGUUUCAUGGUGUGCGUCUGCAGACCUCACCCCCAGUGGAUCCCCUGAAUUUUGGUUCCCGUUACAUUGUGUCCAGUUCACCUCACCUGGAAAUAAUGCCCAAGGAGUUGAAAUUAUCCUACAGGAGUCCUGGAGAAAUCCAGGUAUUCUCUAAAGUCUAUGCUGGGAAGAUGGAGGAACCAAUUGUACUUAAAGUUACGAACAAAAGACACAAGACUUUGGUCUGGCACACUUGGGUGAAGCCAGUGGACCUCAAGUUUCAUGCCACAUUGGUCCCUCCUCCUUUCUCAGGCGUGGCCUUUAUGAAGGAGUACCGCCGGCAGCUGCAAGCCAGGCUGGGGGACCUGAAUGGAGUACUGGAUGAUCUUCAGGACAGUGAGGUCUUCACUGAGGAAGAGAAGGAGCUGGUGCAGCGGUUGCCAACACAGCGGAGGAAGAAUGAAACCUUGCUGACGAUGGUGGAGAAGAAAGGGCCCCAGGCCCUGGAGAUACUCUUCAGGAGCCUUAAUCAAAGAGACCCUUACCUGAUGUCCUACCUCAGCCAGCAGAGUUUACAAUGACUCAGGCUGAUACUCAGAAUGAUGAAGUCCCUUGACGGAAUAGCGCUCAGGACUGGAAGCAAAUGCAAAUGUUGGCAGAAAACCUUUUGCCUCUGGUAUACAGGCUGGUACCAGGAAUGGGCACAUCCAACUUCAUGGAGCAGCUCCAUGGAACCCAGGGGAGGAAUACGGAUUAAUGGUAUCCACAGAAGCAGCAAGGGGGGAAAGGAGGAGCAUCCAGCUUAUUCUGAGAGAGGCCCUCCUGGCUAGGUAUGUCACGAAAAUAAGCAGAGCCUGACAUUUGGGUUUUGCCAUUGAACCCUGCCAUUUUAUAUCCAUCCUAGCUUAUUCUGGACCAGUGUUUGCAUGACAUAACUAAUGCUAUCCUUUCACUUUGAACCCAGUUAUUUCCUUAUAUUUGAAGCGAGUUCGUGGGAGACAGCAUAUAGUUGGGUCAGUUUGUUUUUGUUUUUUUUUAACCCAUUUUGACAAUCUCUGCUUUUUAAAGGGUGUGUUCAGCCAUUUACAUUUAACAUAAUUCUGGCAAUGUUAAGAUUUAGCCUAGGUCUGCCAUUUUAGUAUUUGUUUUCUGUUUAUUCCCUUUGUGCUGCAUGCCUAUCUGUCCUUUCUUGGCUUUUUUAGGGCUUAUGGGAAGAGUUUUUAGUAUUCCACCUCAAUUUGUCUGUUGUUUUUGACAAUUGUGGUUGUGUAUCUUUUAGUGAUUGCGCUAGAGAUGAAAAGAUACAUCCUGAAUGCAUCAGUCCUAGUAUCCAUACUGUGCUAAUUACAGUGGAACCUAGAAACCUUAGCACCAUUUUGGUCAUGGUACCUUUUAUGACCCAGUUGUUUUCAAUAUUCCCUCUCUAUAUAAUAAGGUCCCAAUCGGAAGAAUGUUAUAUAUGUUUUUUCCUUUCUAUUUAUUUUUUUAUUUAUUUUAGAGAGAGAUACGGAGAGAGCAUGAGUGGGAGGAGGGGCAGAGGGACAGAGAAAGAGAGAGAGAGAGAGUCUCAGGCAGACUCUGUGCUGAGCACAGAACCUGAGGCAGGUCUCCAUCUCUCGACUCUCAAUUCAUGACCUGAGCUGACAUCAAGAGUCAGAUGCCUAAUCGACUGAGCCAAAUGAUGCCCCUGUUUUUUACUUUCAAUUGCUGAGUAUUUUUUUUUUUAAGAUUAGAUUUUUUAAAAAUAUUUAUUUAUUUGAGAGAGCAAGAAUGAGAGAGAGAGA